AUGUCCCCUUUGCUAGAACUGCUUUCAGCAUCAGACUUCUGUGAUCUCUCCUCUUUUACUUGGUUCAAAGCCUCAUUCCCCUUCUGCAGCUCAGCUCCACAUCUUUCCUUGUCCUCUAUCCAGUUGCGAACUAACUUCCAUACCGGUAGAACCUUUUUGCGAGGAUUCCCUGUUCCUCUGCAAACUUCAAAUCUUUUCCUAACUUCUCCCAGCUCGGUCCGUCCACGUAGGUCCAGUUCAUUGGCUCAGGACUACAUUAGUCACAUCAUCCGAUCUUAUGUCGUGGUGCAUCUGUGCAAUGCAGCUCAACAGUCCAAUAGGAUAGAAUCAUCUCUUCGUAGCAUCCAGGAAUUUGUUCCUACAGACUAUGCCAGCUACACACAAGAACAUUAUCAGUUCGCAGGCAAGAAGAUCAUCAUUCAAGAAUCCAUUGAGAACUAUGGCACAGUGGUAUGGCCAGGGGCUACAGCUUUGUGUCAAUAUUUAGAAGACCAUACAGAGGAAUUAAAUCUCCAAGAUGCUAAAAUACUUGAAAUUGGUGCUGGACCAGGCCUUGUUUCCAUUGUGUCCAGUCUUUUAGGAGCUCAAGUCACAGCAACAGACCUGCCUGAUGUUCUAGGAAAUCUUCAAUACAAUAUUUUAAAAAACACACUAGAAUGUACAGCUCAUCUACCUGAAGUGAAAGAACUGGUGUGGGGGGAAGACCUGGACCAGAGAUUCCCUAAGUCAACCUGUUUUUAUGAUUAUGUCCUGGCCUCUGAUGUUGUCUACCACCACUACUUCCUGGAUAAGCUGCUCGCUACCAUGGUGUACCUUUCCCAGCCAGGCACUGUGGUGCUGUGGGCAAACAAAUUCAGAUUUAGUACUGAUUAUGAAUUUUUAGAUAAGUUUAAGCAAGCUUUUGAUACCACUCUCUUGGCUGAACAUUCAGAAUCAUCAGUCAAGCUGUUUAAAGGAAUAUUAAAAUGGGAGUGA